GCUGUUUUUUGACAGCUGCCCGGCUGUUGAAUAAAGAACGCGUAACUUCUUUUUUUUAUAUCAUUUCGCAGUUCCAGUUAAAAUAGUUAAUAAAAAUUGUAUUAAGAGAAAAUGGCAACUGCACCAGCGACAAAAAAAGAUGACGCCAAACGAGUAUUUUUCGAAAAUGCCCAGAUGGAUUCCAUGGCGCAGCAUUUUGUGGGAAACCUCUACAGAUACCGUGAAAAUAUCGUGAUACCAACCAGUAAUGGUCCAGUGCAAAUAAAAACAAACGAAGAGAAAAUGAUUGAAAAGACAGUAGAAAGCUGUGCUUUCAAAUCCAUCACCGCUUGUGUAAUGGGUUAUGGUUUGGGUGCUGCCAUAGGUCUGUUUAGCGCUUCUGUCAAUCCCAGUCUCACAGACCCAUUGUUGCAUGAAAAGAAACAGAGUGCACGUGAGAUUUUACGCGAUAUGCGCAAGACAACGCAUGGUUAUGCUAAGAAUUUCGCUAUGAUCGGCAUGGUGUUUUCUGGUGUAGAGUGCACUAUCGAAAGUUGUCGUGGUGUGACCGAUUGGAGAAAUGGCACCUACGCGGGCGCCGUUACUGGCGGCUUGAUUGGUCUGCGUGCUGGCCUAAAGGCGGGAAUUGUAGGUGCUGCGGGUUUCGCUGCCUUCUCCACCGUCAUUGAUUACUAUAUGCGACAUCGAUUGUAGGAGCCCUGAUGCUUUAUGCUUUUUAGUUUUAUUUCGGUAAAUAAAUUGCUGGUUAUUUUGUUUAGAGUUAAGUGUAUAAAUAAAAAGAGUUAGAUAUAUAACUUGCAAUA